AUGGUCAAGACAAUCACCCUCGAAGUGGAUACCAUCCUCUUCGACAUGGACGGCACGCUCAUCGAUUCCACCCCGGCCGUCAACGCAACCUGGGCCUCGUUCGCUCAUCAAUACAACCUCGAUCUCUCCUUCGUCAUGCAGACCUGCCACGGUUACCGCACUGUAGAGAACCUUCGUCGCUUCAUCCCCUCGAUCUCCGACGCCGAUCUGCCCAAGGAAGUCGAGAGGUUCGAAUCCAACAUCCUCGUCGUCGCUCGCGAGAACGCCAAGACCGGCAAAGGUGGUUCCAUCGUAGCCACGCCCGGAGCGAAAGAGCUUUUGAACCAGAUCAACUCGACCCGGCCGGAAACCGCCGUCAAGCGAGGCAACUACGGUUGGGCGAUCGUCACCAGUGCAACCCAGGCGUACGCACAGCAAGGGUUCGCCUCCGCUGGUGUCAGCGACCCACCCCAAGUCUUCAUCACCUCGGAUCUUUGCACCAAGGGCAAACCAGACCCACAACCGUACCUCAUGGGUGCCGAAAAGACAAAGCAGGACAUCAGCCGAUGUCUGGUCGUCGAAGACGCUCCCCCCGGUGUUCGAGCGGGUAAGAGGGCAGGUGCAAAGACGUUGGCAUUGCGAACAACACACGAUGGAGAAAAGAUGCAGGAGGAAGGCGCGGAUUACAUUGUCGAGGAUCUGAGAAGCGUCAAAGCUGAAUGGAAGCAGGAUGGCAGCGCGUUGGUGUUGACCAUCCAGGCGGAGGAGGAGCACGAGGCAAAAGGGAUCAGCGAGUUGGCGAAACAGAUUCAGAAGGACAACGAUCCGACGGCGAAUGGCCACUAG